CCUGAGCGAUAACUGAUGCAACGGGAUUGUUCGGGCAUAAAAAUCGAGUAUAUCCCCGGGAAGAAUCUGAAAUUCGUAUAUAAGCAACCGACGCAAAGCGGACAGGCAUCAGAAGUUGUUUCGCACUUCAAGCAAAAGCAUUUCCUACUUUCGGAAAGGAACAGUAUCACCAUGAAGCUGCUAGUUUUUGUGUUGGCCUUAUCGUGCGCUGUUAUCUGUUCGAGCGCUGACGUGCCAAAGAGGACAUCGCCGCCGCAAUCGACCGGUCCGGUUCUUCCACAUGAACCGCGUUUUCGCCGCCAAACCAACUUAAAGCUCGAAGAACCCAAAAGAGGUUCGAUAACGUUUCAAGGGACGCAGCCUCUGAGUGGUCCACAGCGUCAACCAACCUGGGAUCUCAAUGCCAAUGCCAACGUUUUUAACAACGGCCGCACAACGGCGGACGUUUACGGAGGAUUGAAUAAAGUACCUGGACAACGAGUGCAGCCGCACUUUGGCAUCCAAGCUGAAAGAAAUUUCGGCAAAAAUGGUUUCAUCAGAGGUCAGACUCAGUUUCAACAAGGUCCGCGAGGUCACGGACUCUCUCCCUCAGUUGGUGUAACUGGUGGCUUCCGAUUCAAGAGAGAAGCCGAACCUCAAGGAACUUCACUAAGCUUCCAAGGAUCGCAACCUCUGAGUGGUCCAAUGCGCCAACCUACCUGGGACCUCAACGUUAAUCGUAAUAUUUUGAACAAUGGUCACUCAACCGCUGACGUUUACGGGGGAUUGGGUAAAGUACCUGGACAACCAGUGCAACCGCACAUCGGCAUCCAGGCCGAAAGGAACUUUGGCAACAACGGUUUCAUUAGAGAUCAUGGUCAGCUUCAGCCGGGUCGAGGAGGUCACGGUGUCUCUCCUUCGGUUGGUAUUACUGGUGGUUUUCGAUUCAGAAGAGAAGUCGAAGAUGCUGAAGAAAUAGAGCCCGAAGAGUAUUAAAAAAAUUUGGGGCUAGUAUAUACAUAAACAGAAAAUUUUAAUAAACUGCCAUUUAAGUUAAUUCUCUUCAAACUGUAAAGUUGUAAUUAUAUACUAAAUAUGUAUUAUUCUGCAUAUGAUUUAGAGAUUACGAUAUUUUGAGGCUAUUUUAAAUAUGUAAUAUACAUAUAUUGAUGUCAUUUAUUUAAAUAAAUAAAAUUUUACUAGAAUAUUUUCUUCCUGUAUUUAUAUACAUAUUACACUGGUUUAUAAUUGCUAGGAAACAAAUAUACUUGUCGUUAUAUUACUGGAAUAUCGUUCCAGGAUAAGAAAUUACGAUAGGGAUAUCUAUAUAGCCAUGGAAAAAAACAGAAUAAAAAUGUAAUAAAUAAAAAAGUCAGUUACAGUAAAAA